CUCCCGGUUCCGGCGCGGUUGAGGCCCUGGGUGGUGAACGAGGCUCUGGCACCAUGUCUGGUUUGUCUGGCCUACUAGCCCAGCGUGGCCCUUGCCCGCUGGCGUUGUUGCUUUUGCUCCUGCUCGGCCCCAGCUCCGUCCUCGCCAUCUCCUUCCAUUUGCCCCUUAAUUCCCGCAAGUGCCUCCGCGAGGAGAUCCACAAGGACCUGCUGGUGACCGGCGCGUACGAGAUCACCGACCAGUCUGGGGGUGCUAGCAUCCUGCGCACCCACCUCAAGAUCACAGAUUCUGCUGGCCAUAUUCUGUACUCCAAGGAGGAUGCAACCAAGGGGAAAUUUGCCUUUACCACUGAAGAUUAUGACAUGUUUGAAGUGUGUUUUGAGAGCAAGGGAACAGGGCGGAUACCUGACCAACUCGUGAUCCUAGACAUGAAGCAUGGAGUGGAGGCAAAAAAUUACGAGGAGAUUGCAAAAGUCGAGAAGCUCAAACCUUUAGAGGUGGAGCUGCGACGCCUAGAGGACCUUUCGGAAUCCAUUGUUAACGACUUUGCCUACAUGAAGAGGCGAGAGGAGGAGAUGCGUGAUACCAACGAGUCAACAAACACUCGAGUCCUGUAUUUCAGCAUCUUUUCAAUGUUUUGUCUCAUCGGACUAGCCACCUGGCAGGUCUUCUACCUGCGUCGUUUCUUCAAGGCCAAGAAGUUGAUUGAGUAAUGAGUCACAGCCCCCUCCCACCUUGUAUCUCACUCAGCAGAACAUCGCUGGAACGUGCGUGGCUUAAGGCAUCCUACCAACAGCAGCACCAUCAAGGCACGUUGGAGCUUUUCUUGCCAGAACUGAUCUCUUUCAGGGUGGGGGGACGUGGGGUACCACCUAGACCCAACAAGCCAAUGAGGGACUUCUUUUUAACGUGGUAGGAUUUGGACUGGUUUUGCAACAAUAGGUCUAUUAUUAGGGUCACCUAUGAAAAAACUAGGGGGUUACCUAGAUAAUGCCAGAGCCAGCAUUUGUACUGGGUUUCCUCGUGUGAUCUGUUUGAACCAUGUUUUCCACGAAUUAAAAUAUUUGUGCUUAACUGCUUGAACUUUUUUCCAUCUGUCUAUGUAUUUAGUUCUAUGCAAUUUUAUCAUGUGUAUAGAUUCAUGGGAUCACCACCACAAGACACAGAACAGCUCCAUGACACAGAUCCCUCGUGCUAGCAUUUUAUAGCAAUGGCCGCCUCUCUUCUCCCUCUCCCCCAAGCCUGGCAACCACUAAUCUGUUCUCCGUCUCUAUAAUUUUGUCAUUUCAAGAAUGUUAUAUAAAUGGAAUCAUACAGUGUGUAACCUUUUGAGAUUGGAUUUUUUCAUCCAGCAUAAUUCCCUUGAGAUCCAUCCAGGUUGUUGCAUGUAUCACUAGCUCCUUUUUAUUGCUGAACAGCACUCUAAAGCAUGGAUGUACCACAGUUUAACCAUAUACUUCCAUCAAAGAACAUCUGGGUUGUCUUCAGUUUGGGGCCAUUAUGAAUAAAGCUGCUGUGAACAUUCAUGUGCAGGCUUUUAUGUGAAUGUAAAAUUUUUUUUUCUGAGAUAAUGCCCAAGAGGGCCGUUUCUGGGUUGUGUGGUAAGCACGUUUAUUUUUUUAAGAAACUACCACAGUGGCUAUACCAGUUUACAUUCCCACUAGCAUGUAGGAGUGAUCCCGUUUCUCUUCACCCUCCCCAGCAUUUGGUAUUAUUACUGUUUUUUAUCUUAGCCAUUCUGCUAAAUGUGUAUAAUAGCUCAUAAUUUUAAUUUGCAUUUCCUUGGUGGAUAAUUAUGUUGAAAAACUUUUUGUGUGCUUACUUGCCAUCUUCAUAGCCUCUUCAGUGAAAUGUCUAUUCAUGUCUUUUGCCUAUUUUCUAAUUGGAUCGUUUGUGCUUUUUAUUUUUGAGUUUCAAGGUGUCCUUAUAUAUCCUAGAUACAAGUCCUUUGUUGAAUGUGGCUGUUUGAAUUUUUAACACCACUUCUGCCAAGGGAAAAUAGUAAGUAAAACUUAACCAGUUCUUCCUGCGUGGCCAGUCACCAACUUAAUUUCUAUUCUUACAUGCUCUGUCUAGAGAAUUCAGACAAAAAGUUCUACGAAAUCAUCACUGUGGGACUGUAAAGGUCAAUAUUAAUGUUAAGUAAAAGUGUGGGUACAAAUGACUGUUCAUAAAUAUUUAUGAAAAAUAUCAUCCCUUGAAAUGUUUCCCAAUUCUCCCAGGAAUGUAGAAUCUAGAAUCUAGAAGCUUCUUUUUUCUGUAAUCUCUUUUUAACUCCUCUGACUGUUACAGGGCUUGUCGCAUUGCUGUGGUAAGAAUUAACAGGAUUUAGGGCCUCACAACUUGCAGUUAAGAAGCAGCGUGUUGGAAUUAACAGAACACGGCUGUGGUGCCUUGGAUAAAGUACAGAAGUAGAGGAGGAAGUGAGUUAUGUUAAAAUCUCAGGCUGUUGUGUUAGUGUUCCAGCUACUGUGAACCCAGAAGUCGUCUUUCUUUUGACUCCCUGUAUAAAUUCCUCUUGCUUGGCUUAAGGUGGUUCUCAUUAACUUGUACAACAUUGCCACCUGCUGUUAGGAGUUGAAAGGUACUGCUUCUGAGAACCUGGUGCUAGAAUCCUUGCCUUGGGGCAGCAGGUGUUGAGAAGAUCUGUCUGUAGUAUUACGCAUACUAAAUGACAGAGGAUGUGUCCAGAUGGAAAAAAGAAUAAAACAAAUUUGUGGGUUAUGAUCCAGCCUUAGGCAUUUAAGGUGAAAUUCUAGUCUGUACCAUUAGCCCAACAAGAUACUCUUUCCUAUUGCUGACGGGUGCCUUUCGCCUCUUUAGGAGCAAUGAAGGUUACUUAGUUUGAUGUGGUCUGUUCUGACAAAAUCAAAGAUAGGAGAGAAGAAUAUUUUAUUUUGUCGAAGUUUUUGUUCCCAAAUACGACUCUAAACUUGAGCUUUGUGACACUGAAAUUCUUUCAUGUCCUUUCCUUUACUCAAGCCAAAAUACCAAGUCAGGCAUUUGUGCUUUUGGUUUUAAAGUUAAUCUUACUACUUUGAUUUUAUCUAAAAAGUAAAAUUGUUUGCCUUUGAUAAAAGGCUAGUGCAAGAGUAAAUCAGCUUUAAAGAUGGGAAUGUUACUUGUUUUCCUCCUUUAUUUAGCAUAUUCAACAUGGCCGGUAUGAUAUGAGAAUAAUACAUUUUUUUAAAUAAUUUUUAUUGUGCUUUAAGUGAAAGUUUACAAAUCAAGUUAGUCUCUCACAUAUAAACUUAUAUACACCUUACUACAUACUCCCAUUUACUCUCCCCCUAAUGAGUCAGCCUGCUCCCUCCUUCCAGUCUCUCCUUUCGUGACCAUUUUGCCAGUUUCUAACCCUCUCUACCCUCCCAUCUUCCCUCCAGACAGGAGAUGCCGACACAGUCUCAAGUGUCCACCUGAUGCAAGUAGCUCACUCCUCAUCAGCAUGUCUCUCCAACCCAUUGUCCAGUCCAAUCCAUGUCUGAUGAGUUGGCUUCAGGAAUGGUUCCUGUCCUGGGCCAACAGAUGGUUUGGGGACCAUGACUGCUGGGGUCCUUCUAGUCUCAGUCACACCAUUAAGUCUGGUCUUUUUAGGAGAAUUUGGGGUCUGCAUCCCACUGUUCUCCUGCUCCCUCAGGGGUUCUUUGUUGUGUUCCCUGUCAGGGCAGUCAUCGGUUGUGGCUGGGCACCUAGUUCUGGUCUCAGGAUGAUGUAGUCUCUAGUUCACGUAGCCCUAUCUGUCUCUUGGGCUCAUAAUUACCUUGUGAGCUUGGUGUUCUUCAUUCUCCUUUGAUGCAGGUGCGUUGAGACUCAUUGAUGCAUCUUAGAUGGCCGCUUGCUAGCAUUUAAGACCCCAGACGCCACACUUCAAAGUGGUAUGCGGAAUGUUUUGUUAAUAGAUUUUAUUUUGCCAAUUGACUUAGAUGUCCCCUGAAGCCGUAGUUCCCAAACCCCUGCCCCUGCUUUGCUGACCUUCGAAGCAUUCAGUUUAUUCAGGAAACUUCUUUGCUUCCUGACCUGUGCUGACCUCCCCUGUAUUGAGUGUUGUCCUUCCUUUCACCUAAAGUAGUUCUUACCUACUAUCUAAUCAGUCAAUAACCCUCUCCCACCUGUCUCGUAACCACAAAGGAAUGUGUUCUUCUCAGUUUAAACUAUUUCUCAAGAUCUUAUAAUAGUGGUCUUAUACAAUAUUUGUCCUUUUGCAACUGAAUAAUUUCACUCAGCAUAACGCCUUCCAGGUUCCACCGUAUUAUGAAAUGUUUCACAGAUUCAUCACUGUUCUUCAUCGAUGAAUAGUUUUCCAUUGUAUGAAUAUACCAUAAUUUAUUUAUCCAGAAUGAUACAUUUUAAGUAAGGUUUGUUAUACCGUCAUCAUCAACCCUUGCCCAUAAAGCCAUUUUUCUAUCUGUUUAGUUACAAAGAGACAUGUGGGAUUUAUACAGAUUCACUUGUAAGUGUUAGAUUGGGGAUUUUUGUGUAAAUUUUCACAAAUAAAGGCUAGCAGAAACCA